AUGGGUGGAAAUAUUCAGCUGGCGCAGGUGGUGCUUGAACGUUCCAAACGAGCUGGUGUUGGUAUCGACACUCGUGACAACGAUGGAUGGACGCCACUCUUGUGGGCUAACGGCGCCGACCCUAACGCCAGAGGGAAAGGAGUGGACCGACAGUGGACGGUUCAUGAAGUGGCGUACUAUUACCACGCUGACAGGUGA